AUGUCGGAUUCUCCAAAAGUAGUGUAUUUUGAAGAAUCUGACACGAGUUCAGCAUUGAAAGAGAAGGGUUUUAGUUGUUCCUUUAAUAAUUCUAGUCGUAUUUUUGUUGCCAGCUUUCUCCAGAGGAUUGCUGACUCUUUGGCGUGUCUUCUCAAAAGUGGUGCUGAUAGAGAACCAGAUAUAAUUGAGCAGAUUUUCAGGUCAUGGUCUUUUAUUAUGAUGUACCUGCAAAAAUAUCUUGUUAAAGAUGUUGUUGAUGUUCUAAAAUUUUCUGGAAAUCAACUCGAGAGGUAUCACUUUGCAGUUCCUUCUUGUUCUGAUCUCUUUCGUGUAUCAUUCUGUUCAUACAUGUUUUUUGUUUUUAUGAUGGGUGAGCAAGGAGUGAGGAAGCUUAUGUUUGAAGUUGCGAAGAAGCCAUUGGAAAUAAGAAAGUCCGCUGUCAGUUCACUAUUGUGGUAUGUUGUGAGAGGAAGCACCUCAAGGUUACACUCAAGGGCUGAACAAGUGUUACGCCUACUGACUGACAAGUCUCUGUUUGUAAUAGGUGAUCAGUUCACAGGGGGUGUUGAGGCUAUUCUUGAAGUUCUUGUUCUAGCACUGCAGAGAUUAUGUGAGGAAUUGGAAGCUACAGAGUUGGAGUUGAUGUGGGUUUGCUUAUAUGAGGAGAUAACGGAGUGUGUAUCUCAAGGCCACCUAUUGCACCUUGGUCGCCUUUUAUCCCUUCUUGUUUCUACCCUGCAAGCUAGUUACAUUCAGAAAAUUUCUGAUUACCAAGGGGUGCUACAAUUGAUCCAGUUACUUGUACAGACUUACAUUCUGCCUUAUCCUACUGUGAAGGCAAUUGAUCAAACAUCAAACAUUGUUGACAAAGUUAUGCAGUCAAUGCUUUGCAUUCUUGAUGGUCUAUAUAGAGCUAAUAAUAUUUCUACUCUCUCUUCUGUUUCAAUGCAAUGGGCUCCUGUGUUUGAUUUGAGGAAUAAGAGUUUGCUGUCUUUUGUCGAAGAUCUUCUAUUGAAGGACCCUUGCAUUGUCCAUUUCUUCAGAGCUAGCAUUAUAAGUGCAUUAAAUGAUAUGAUUGAGAUUUCAGAAGAAGAGGUUAUACAUUUGCUGCAGAUCUUUUUUAAGAGGCUGCCAGCACAAGGGCAUAGCUUCUUGGAUGAAGUUCCAAAUGAGAAGCUUUCAAGAAUUCGUAGUUUUCUCCGAGAAGCCAUUGGCCGCUGGAUUCGGCGGAUUCAAAAGGAACCAUAUUCUACCCAAAUUGAAGAAAAUGAGUUAGCCAUUCUGUGGGGAAUCGUAGGCUGUUACCCUAUAGCAGGUGGUUCAGCGAAUGAGUCAUUGCUAAUGGACUUGGUUAAUGCUCUAGAUGAGCUUUUGAGUACUGAAUCUGCUGACAUUGCUGGGCAUCCCAGAACUACCUGGCAGAGCUUGGUUGGUGCUGCAUUGGGUUCUUAUUGCAAGUCACUGACCAAUCAAAAUUCCAGAUUUGAUGAUUCUGUCGUAAGCAGUUUCUUAGAUCUGGCAAGGAAGCACAAGACAUGUUCUCACGUGUUGUCUCCAGUAGCUGAUUUUUUGGAUUCAGUUUGUGGGUCCAUAAUCCAAGCUGAUGCAAGCACUAAAAAGUUUCACCCAGAGCUUGCAGUGAGUAAGUUGGUGGAUGCCUUAGGCGUGUUUGCUGCAAAUUUGAGCCACCACGACAAGAAUUUGCGGCUUUCGACAUUGAGAAUAUUGUGCCACUAUGAACCUUUGACUGAUGUCAGUUCUACUAAUGAACGGCCCCUUGAGAAGAAAAUGAGAAUGGAUAAUCCUCAGACCACUCUUGUGGAUUACCAUGGCAAUAAUGUGAUUCAUCUCCUACUUUUGAUUGAAGAAACGCCUCUUUCUAUUGUGACCAGUAGAAAAGUCAUCCUACUGAUAUCCAAAAUACAGAUGAGUUUAUCUGCUGGGAGGGUAGCUGAAGAGUAUAUGCCUGUUGUUCUCAGUGGAAUUAUUGGAAUCUUUCAUAACCGUUUUAGCUAUUUGUGGAACCCAACAUUGGACUGCAUAGCUGUCCUCCUCAGUCAAUACUUUGGGCUGUUGUGGGACAGAUAUAUUGAGUACCUUGAUCAUUAUCUGUUUGUUUUUCUGGGUUCUCGUGAUGAAGCUGCUCAAAGCAAGGGGGAAUCGUUAGAAACAGCUAAUAAUUUGAAUGGAAGCUUUAGGUCUUAUGUCUGUCCGGUGUCUGAUGAUGCGUCAUGUGCAACAGUUUUUUCCUUGUUGAUUCAGUGCUUACAGAGAAUUCCAUCUGUUGCUGAAUCGCGUUCACGACAAAUCAUCCCUCUGUUCUUGAAGUUCCUAGGCUAUAAUAUUGAAGAUCUUAAGAGUGUGGAGUUAUACAAUCAGGAGGGUUCUAAGGGGAAAGAGUGGAAAAGUGUUCUUCAAGAAUGGCUGUCCUUAUUCAGACUGAUGCGAAAUCCUAGGUCUUUUUAUCUCAAUCAAUUCUUCAAGGAGGUUUUGCUGUACAGACUUCUCGAGGAAGAUGAUGCUGACAUGCAAAGUAAGGUCCUUGAUUGCCUGUUAAAUUGGAAAGAUGACUUCUUACUUCCGUAUGAUCAGCAUCUAAAAAAUCUGAUCAAUUCGAAAAGUCUGAGGGAGGAGCUCACGACGUGGAGCUUAUCUAGGGAAUCAGAUCUUGUUGAUACAAGGCAUAGAGCUUUCCUUGUGCCUGUUGUUAUCAGAGUACUGUCUCCAAAAGUCAGAAAGUUAAAGGCGCUCGCUUCUCGUAAGCAUGCAAGUGUCCAUCAUCGAAAGGCGAUUCUUGGCUUCUUAUCUCAGCUAGAUGUUGAAGAGCUUCCUCUUUUCUUUGCUUUGCUAAUAAAACCCCUUGUAUCGGCUUCACAAGGUGCUGCAGCAAAGAGUGCAUGGCCCUGGACUACACCUGGAGUUCUUCAGCAUGGGCUUGACUCAUUUAGUGUCUUGGAGCAUUUUUCCAGAGAUUGUAUCAAUGUCAUUUCAUGGAAGAAGAGAUAUGGUUUUCUACAUGUAAUUGAGGAUAUUGUAGCUGUUUUUGAUGAAGUGCACAUUAGCCCUUUUCUUGACCUGUUAAUGGGAUGCAUUGUGCGUCUCUUGGACAGCUGUACAUCAACUCUUGAAGGGACACGAAAUGAUGGGACGCUGGCAGAUCAUGCUCACCAAGUAGAGGAUAAAAUCGUGGUAAUGUCAUCAUCUGCUACGAACAUGGCUGCAAAGCAGUGCAAGGAUUUGAGAUCUUUAUGCCUGAAGAUCAUCUCUUUUAUCCUUAGCAAAUUUGAAGAUCAUGAUUUCAGUCCUGAAUUUUGGGAUUUGUUCUUUAUGUCAGUAAAACCCUUAGUUGCCAGUUUCAAACAGGAAGGUGCUAGUAGUGAGAAAGCAAGCUCGUUAUUUUCUUGUUUUCUGGCUAUGAGUAGAAGUUCCAAACUUGUGCCUCUGUUGUCCCGAGAAAAGAACCUUGUACCUGAUGUAUUUUCGAUGCUAGCAGUCUCAACAGCAUCAGAUGCCAUCGUUUCCUCAGUUCUUAAGUUUGUGGAGAAUCUGUUAUAUCUUGAUAUUGAGCUAGGUAAUGAAGACAACCCACUUAAGAGAUUACUGCUUCCUCACGUUGAUGUACUAGUAUGCAGUUUGCAUCAUCUUUUUGUACAUGACGGUGCACAUAAGAGGAAGAUUGUCAAAUAUCCUGGGGAAAAAGAGCUCAAUGUCUUCAAGCUUUUAUCGAAGCACAUAAAGGGACCAUUGGCUGCAAGGAAGUUUCUUGACAUCUUGCUUCCGCUUCUGUCAAAGAGAUCCAAAGACCCUGAGAUUUGUGUAGGCACUUUACAGAUUAUUAAGGAUAUUGUAGAACCAUUGGGUAGUGAAAGCAGUAAAAAGACCGUCAAAUCUGUUUCUCCACUCGUAAUUUCUGCUGGCUUGGAUGUCCGUACUUCUAUUUGUGAUGUUCUUGAUGCUGUCGCAGGGAAUGAUUCUUCUGUACAUCCUACGGUGUUUGUUGACGUGUAA